AUGGGGACGACGCCGCCGUUACUCAAAUACUUUCGCUCACAACUUCUAACACAGCUGCCGCAGCCUAAGAAGUCGUUCGCAGGCCAGACCGUCAUCAUAACAGGCUCCAGUUCGGGCCUAGGGUUCGAAGCAGCUCAACAUAUUGUACGGCUCGGUGUCUCGAAGUUGAUAGUGGCUGUCCGAAACCUCGAUAAAGGCAGAGCAGCAGCGGAAAGCAUCGCAGCCGCUACUGGACGCCGAGACGUGAUCGAAGUCUGGGCGUUGGAUCAAGCAGACUACGCUUCUGUCAAAACCUUUGCGAAUCGAUGCCAGAAGUUGGAAAGGUUGGAUGUGGUUGUGGCAAAUGCUGGCACGCACUGUCACGGUCCAUUCAGCCUAGCGGAGUCUAACGAGAGGACGAUAACAGUCAAUGUCAUCAGUACUCUACUCCUGAGCCUACUGCUGCUGCCAAAGCUCAGGUCUACCGCCGUGCAACACAAAUGCAACACGGUGCUCACCUUCGUCGGGUCAUUCGUGCACUGGAUGACGGAAUUCCACGAAUCUAAAGCCAAUAGCAUUCUCGAAGAGCUGCGUAAUGAGAAGGCGGCCCGCAUGCACGAAAGAUAUGAAGUCUCGAAAUUGAUGCUACUGCUCUGCUUCCGCCAGCUUGCCACCGAGCUGACGCAGCCCGUUGCCGGACGCCUCACCACAUCCAUCGUCAACCCUGGAUCUGUCAAGACGCCCAUGGCGCGCGCCAAUCCCGACUUGUUGAUCCGACUUCUAUACCAUCCGGUAUUUAGAUCGACUGAGGUCGGGAGUCGUACUCUGGCUCACGCCGCUGAAGGCCACCUCGAUACCCAGGGUCAAUACCUCUGUGACUGCAAGCCAAGUCCGGAACUUGUCCGUGGCCGAGAAGUCCAGGAGAAGGUGUGGACAGAAUUGACUGCCGAGUGGGAGAAGAUCGCGCCCGGGGUGAUGAAGAACAUCUAG